AUGUCCACACACCAGUUUCACCGACAGAAGUUGGAAAUGGAGUCAUUUUUCUAUUACAACUCAAUUACAACAUUCCCCAAACAUGAAAUCUUUUUACAGAUGUUUAAAAGCCAUGUUCACCACAUUUCGAUGGAGAAUGAUCCAACUAAAAUAAAGAUCACAAAUAAUAAAAUUAUGCUAAAAACUAUUUUUGAACACAUCUGGCCGAAGGGUCGACCGUCGGUUAAGGGAAGGGUUAUUUUGGCUCUUAGUUUGCUCGUUGGGGCCAAGGCGAUAGACAGGGGAACGCGCGGUUUGAACUUCAUCCUGAGCGCCAUCGUCUUCAACAUCGUCCCCACCAUCUUCGAGGUGGGGCUGGUCACAGGUGUCUUGGUAGUACUACAAAUGUGGCGUGGAAUACGCCCUGGUGUCCCUGGCUUGCAUCGGCGUCUACACGGCCUACACCUUCUCCGUCACCUCCUGGCGCACGAAGUUCCGGAUCCAGAUGAAUAG